CCACCAAUAGGUGCAUACGGAGUGCUUUGAAACUGGAUAUUUGCAUAUUAUUUCCACCGCCAUCGCCCUGAAGCCAUCACCACUUCAGCACGACGCCGACUGCACGAUACACCGUCUGUUCAAUCCUUGAAAGACAAAGCAAAAAGAUGACCCUCCUCCAAACCUACCAAGGCCUCUCCCCCAGAGCCAGACUAGGCGUCGGCUUCGGCCUCCUCGCCUGGGGCCUCAUCGGUCUCAAGCUCUCAGACAAGGCAGAGGAAAAGCUGGGCUACACCCCCACCGAGCAGGACAAGGCCGAGCUCGACAAGAUGAUUCCAAAGAUUCACUCUGUGCCGAGGGAAAAGCCUUCCUCAUCAACAUCACCAACGCAAUGAUAUCCGGCAGGGGCUGAAAAUACAACAAAUAAAUAAUUUAUACACAAAUACCCAGCCAGCGCUUGCUCAUUUGAAAUCUUCGCAGGG